AUGGAUCCCCGACAGGAUGCGGAAGUCGUUCAAGAGGAGGCUCCUCCACCUUAUGGAUAUUCGUACGGACAUGAACUUCCUGCAACGCCGCUCCACGAACUUUCAGACAGGCUUAUGCUCGCCCCAGAGCUUGAAGGGGAUCAUGCGUUUGCUGAGCUAGGAGGCCUCGAAGAGCAAAUCAACGACGAUUCUCUCGACCUUGAAAUGAGUCACGCGUUAUACUCAGAUUUGAGCGAGAGCGAUGAGUGCGGUGCGGCCGCCGCGCCACAGCCACCCCUAAUUGCCGAAGCGACAAUGUUACUCUGGAACUUGAACACCCAGUACCACUUUGCUCCAGCACCCAGUAUGACCAGUGGGAGGCAAUCUCACAAGUCGUCGUCGUCGUCGUCGUCGUCUUCGUCGCCCGUAUCGCCUGUCACACCCAACAUCAACGGCAUUUGCACCGCUCAGCUCCAUUUAAAUCCCGAUCGUACGGCUAGUAUUGUAUCGCCACUUGAAGGUUGCCCGCCCAGCGAUAUCUAUUGGCCAAAUUCAAUUCAGAUGGACACAGACUGGAGUAAUCAUUCGCAUGCCAGUCUUCCUAUGCUGUUGGUAGCAAGUCCCGUGGAGUCUUUCCGCGAUGACGCACACCAACAAGCAAAACGCUUCGAAGUUCGGCAGGAUGAUUAUCUGCAAUCUCCGACAUUGUUCGAUCUUACGAACACUGAGUCAUAUAUUCCCGUUUUCUCAUCACCAAUUUUGUCAGGCCACUCCUUGCUAGAGCUUCGUUCGCAUCGGCAUGACGCAACUGGUCUUCGCUUCGGUACUUACGAACGCUCUGAUGACCAGGAAUGGCAAUUUUGUGGUGGAUAUGAACGACAUACUACCAGGGAUAAAGACAUCAAACAUCCGGAAUCUGCGGCUGACCAACCGGGAUCCCUAGAGUACGCCGAUCGCUUCGGAAGAAUUCAGAGACCGUCGACCAACUACAUUGAACUGGAAGACCAUCAAGACCCUCAAUUUUGCGAGGCGCCGGAACAAAACGAGGACGAUUCUGCUCUAGCGCACUGUGAUAAGUGCGGCAAAUCAUUUCGUGGCAGGUAUCGGAAAGGCAACCUGCGACGGCAUAACAUUGCCUUCCAUGGCCCACUCGCCCUCGCCGUCAGGUCCACAUGCCGCGUUUGCAAACGGGCUUACAAGCGGGCGGAUGCGACCCGUAAACACGAAUGGAAGAAGCACCGUAUGCUGGACGCAAUGCCCAAGAAGCGAGCGAAAUAG